AUGAACAAGAUAUUUGGAAAUGAUUACUAAUACUAUGUCGCCCCAGCUAUUAACUACUUGUUUGAUGCUUUUAGAGGAAUUUAUGAUGGCACAACUGGUACAUUCCUAAUGAACCCCCUAUUCUGUUUGGUUUCAGGAUACUACACCCUUAGUUAGGCUUAAAAGUAAUAUGAUUUGUCUCUGGAUUAUCCUGACUCUGCUUCCUUUAGUUUUGAUUCUUAUAGAUUAUACUUGGAUUAGUGCUAGAUUUUAAACACGCCCUUGGUUAAUACUGGAUCAAUACUGUUCUUCAGAGAGCCCAUUAAGAAUUAUUUGCAAACUGCCCCUGCUAUUUUAAGAUUGCUACUCUAGAUACAUUUAAGUUUUUCUGCCAUAACAGAUGUGAUUGCCUACUUCACUCUAUCUAUUUUGCUGCCUAGUCACUAUGAUUAAUACAACUUGAUCAAAUUAUUGAUGAGAAUAUUAAACUCUGUUUCAAUCAUUUACUACUUUGCAAUUAUUCCAUCUAUAUUUUGA